GGCGCUUCGCGUAUCGAUUGUUCUGCAGUUCGGGCCACCUUGAAGUGGAGGAAGACAACAGCGGGCUUUUUAUGGCUUCGAAGAAAUUCUAGGCGGCCAAAAAUUGGCCGCACACCGAGCGGACUGAGCCAGCGGCGAGGGUGGCUGACGCCAGGGGUGCUAGCUUGCCAUUUCCCGCAGGUCACAGCCGGCCUCUUCCCCGAGUGACGUAGUCCUCCCUCAGCCGCCCGACGUAUGCGACGCUGCUGCUGAGCCGACCCCGCGAUGCUCAUCAAGGAAUUUCGCGUCGUUCUUCCCAUAACCGUGGAAGAGUACCAGGUGGCCCAGCUGUACUCGGUGGCUGAGGCGAGCAAGAACGAGACGGGUGGUGGUGAGGGCAUCGAGGUGAUCAAGAAUGAGCCGUUCGAGGGCAAGGAGCUGCUGGGCGGCAAGUACAACAAGGGGCAGUACACCUACAAGAUAUACCACCUGGAGAGCAAGGUGCCUCCUUUCAUCCGCAUGCUGAUGCCCAAGGGCUCGCUGGCCGUCCACGAGGAGGCAUGGAACGCCUACCCCUACUGCCGCACCGUGCUCACCAACCCCGACUACAUGGCCGGAAACUUCACCCUCUGCAUCGAGACCAUGCAUGCGCCCGACAACGGAACCCAGGAGAACGUUCAUGAGCUGCCACCUGAAAAGCUCAAAAUUCGAGAGGUGGAUGUCAUCGACAUUGCCAGUGACCCAGUGUUGCCAAAGAAUCGGAGGUCCCAAAGAGAGAACUGUCAGGGGGAUGGACGCAGGCGGCAUGCUGGUUGCGGUGCAGGAGAGGACUACAAGGAGGACGAAGACCCAUCAACGUUUGUCUCCAAGAAGACUGGGCGGGGUCCCCUGAAAGGAGACUGGAUGAAGAGCUGCAAGCCGGUGAUGUGUGCGUACAAGCUCGUUACAGUGGAGUUCAAGUGGUUUGGCCUGCAGAACCGUGUUGAGGCCUUCAUUCAAAAAACGGAGCGAAGGAUCUUUCUCAACUUCCACCGGCAGGUGUUCUGUUGGAUGGACAGGUGGUAUGGCAUGACCAUGGCUGACAUCCGCAAGCUGGAAGAGCAGACCAAAAAGGAAUUGGAUGAGCAACGCAAGAAAGGCACAGUUCGAGGCACCAAGGGUGAAGAGUGAAAAGCUGCUGCCAGUUCAUCAUUUCGAGUCACUGUUGUUGUUGUUUGCGAGUUGAGGACCUCUAGUGAAGACAGAUAAGACUAAGUGAGCAAAACGAGAUAAAAAAAAAUUGGGUGUCCGCAGUGGCUUGCCACAACGCUCCGGGACCCCUCAGCCAGACACAUUCCUUUGCCGCUGUCGAUGGGCCUGCUGUCAGCUACUCCAAUAAAAAAGCGAGAGGCCAGCCGCCCUGCUCCUCCUCUUGUGUGUGCGUGCAGCUUUUCCCAUCUAGUCUCUCCUCCAGACAGUUUUGUUUGGGACUGUUGUGGUAGCGUUUGUGACCCACCCUAGCGGGCAGCUGCUUCUUCCACAAGCACACUGGGCAGAGAGAAUUUUGCAACUACCGCCAGAGAAAGGGAAAAAAAGGUUUCAAUAGAAGAGUGGGCAUUGUGUACUGGAUCUGUCGUAGCGGUUUAGCAUGCACCAAAACACGUGAACACUAUUGCUGGCAGCUCACGGAGGUCAGCCAAUGCUUUUGGUUUGUGUGUGUGUGUGUCGUGCACCACUUGCACAUUUUUUUUUUAUAGUGGAAUGGAGGGACUGCUCAAAAAUUUAUCUGUCGCAGUCAUGUUUUGGGCCAAGUUUUCUUGCAAGAAGUGGAUCACGAUGGCGUGACUGCGUGCGCACUGCAUUGCCCCUCUAAGGCACCCGUUUUCUCUGUGCACAAUGCUGCAGGAAACUCUCUGUCCUUAAAUGUGAAACUGGGUUGCUUACGUCCUUGGUGUCUUGUAAUUUAUAGAUUUGCAAAAUGGCUUCCUAGUGCAGUGAUGCAUAAUAUAAAAAGACCAAGCUUGUGAGAUCUAGACGAGCAGCUGCUGUCCUGCCAGGCAUUGGUUAAAGGGCUUUUCUGCGUGUGAAAGUUGUGCUCUAGCAGUGCUGUUUUUUCAACACCUACACAGUGAUACCCUUCUGAAUCAGUUGCUUCUUUCAUUCCUAUGCCAUUUUGAUGCAGUGGUGUGCUAUCAUAGACAAACAGGGCACGCAUGAAACAAGUAGAAAAUAAUUGGAAAUAAACAUUAAAAAAAUGAUUUCAUGCUGCUACCUGUGUGAUCUGGUUGAUGGGCAAGCCUUAAAGCCAUGUGUGCAUAAUGUCGGAGAUGAAAAAAAUUUCACUUGCUCUUCCCACGUUUGACUGCACUUGGCCUCACAGAUUUUGGAAGGUGACACAAUUAGUUUGCGAGUGUAGCCAGUGAAACCAAUUUAAUGCGGUUACAAUGAUUUCUAGCAUAAACUGCAAAUGUUGAAUUGCGCUAUCAUGUCUCAUAUCAAAUCUACGGAAAUGCUGACCCCCCACCCUAACUUUUAUAACUUUCCCAUAUUUCUUUAACUAGUUCGCCAAUACAAUUGGCAUGUGCCACAACUUUCCAGCAAGUCUGCAGUGUUUGAGAAACGAGCCCAGUGCUGAAUGCACAGCAGUGGGAACUGUGGGUAGUGCACAUUCAUCCAGUCUUGUGUGCUUGUGUGGUGAUCCUUAUUUAACCUAGCUAAUCUCGGAUAUGUUAAGGUAGUGAUUAGUUCCACUAAGCCGCUAACUUCUGCCGCUGUACUUUUUUCAGAACAUUGCCAAUAAAGGCAGAAUGAAAAAUAGCUGCACACAUGGAGAUUGCUGCUGUCAAUGCCAUAACCAAAAUUUGUUGAUGGCUGUCAACACAAUGAAAAGUGCAUCAUUUAAUGUGCAUUCUUUGCAAAUGUAAUGCACGUUAUACCCUUGUCACACAGUAAGCUGGUAUACCAAACUUCAGUUAGCGGACGUAAGCACAGUUACUGUAAACCAGACAGAGGCACUGCCACACGUUUACAUCGCAGACAAACUUGUUCACAUGUAAUGAACACUGUUUCAAGUUUAGACAGGGCUGAUGUUACUAUUGCUACUAUUAGCACGCAUAGUGCUAAUAGUAGCAAAUGAUUGCACAAAUUCAAGAACUGCGCCAUCCUGUGCAAAAAUUAUUUGUUUAGCUACAGGUUUGAAACAAUGCGAUAGCUACCGAGACUCUUAGCUACACAUCUCAGUGGCUGCCGUGUUGUGAAGGCGGAGGCCUAAUUAAAAAUGGGAAGUCUUCCUUGGUGGUGCUUAUACACAUGUUUUAGCUUGCCAAAUACAUAUCAAUGCAUCUGUCGUCGCAACGAUUCAGUUGACUCUCUUUUGGCUGGAUAUUUCGCUGGGAGCGGAGCUACUCUCAUCUGACAUGGGGGCCGCCAAGCUGUCAGUUUAACAGCACUAACAGGGAUUGCCUAGCUCUGUUUACGAAAACUGUUGUAAGUGGAUUAACGGUGCUUAGGGUUGCUGUGAGGCUAGAUACAACAGGCGUUAAACUUAACAGCCAUCGUGCUUAACUGUGGUUAGACUACCCGUGUGACAAGGGUAGUCUGUUUCAAGGGGGAUGCGGUGGGGUAAUUGACCCAAAUUUUUUUUUUCAUCUAUUGUGAGUGCAUAGUUUGACCGGCCUUUUAAAUGGUCACGAGGGUUUCUUAAUUUCUUUUACAUCAUUUCUUCUGCAUGGAUCUCUUUCUAUUACAAAUAUGGCUAAAGCGGUUGAAUAUUUCUGCCAUAUUUGGAAGUUUUGAUCAGGCAUUUCUCACUAGGAACGCUUUUGUAGCCUAAACAUUGCUUUAUGUUGUCACCUCUAUCAACGCAUGCUUUCUUAAAGUAAAAUUUUGUUUCCUGCAAUCAGUCUUGGAAAAUUACUCAAACUACAUUUACCUUUUCUGGAAAACUGUCGACUGACUACACUGCUACUGUAGGAUUUUACUGAAAUGCAUUCCAAACGACCUGAAUCAAAUUGUGGGGAAAGUGAAUUAUAAUCAAGAAUAAACAAUUGGUAAGUUUGUCUUGUAGCACUUCACGAGCAG